CAUUGACUGUGAGCUCUAUUGACCGCAGAACCGCAACGGGGAAGAGGAUUAUGCUGGCCGCUGCUACUAAGAGCUUCGUGCGCGUCGCCAGCGCCGCCGGAUCGCGCCGUGCGCCACUUUUCAGCGCACAGGCCUCCUUCUUCUCCACAGAGGCGACUUCCCCAGCGACGCCCGCUGCUGAGCAACCCAAGCGCACUAAGCUCAAGAUCCCGACCAAGCGCGCAGCGUCAUUGCUGCAGCAGCUUGAGGCGGAGGCCGUGGCCAAGGCCUCGGAGGGAAAGGACAUUGAUAACUUCAAGCCUGGUGACUCGGUCGAGGUGCAAUACCUGCUGAGCCGUACGGGUGGGCGCGUACAGCGCGUCAAGGGCGUCGUGCUGGCUCGGCGAAACCGCGGCACGGGCAGCUCCUUCGUCAUUCGCAACCACAUCGGUGGCUACGGUUACGAGCAGAAGAUCUUCCUGCACUCGCCGCUGCUCCAGAGCGUCAAGGUGCUGCAGGAGGCGUUUAUCCACAGAGGCAAGAAGCGCGUGCGUCGUGCAAAACUCUUCUAUCUGCGUGAGAAGGCGCCUAGCUUCACCACAGUCUAGACAGUGCGGCUACUUCCGACUCAUUGGGACCAGCGUCGCCGCCUCCUUUGCAGCCAGUACGUACGUGUGGAUGGAACUUACAGGCACAGUGACGCUGGAUAGAUGUAGUAAAGCAACACGAGUAGGAGGGUGAUAAACAGCACAAACACUAGACGAUUCACAGACAGAAAGCUGCAGGACAAGACCAACUUUUGUCUCUUAUUGGUGACGAGGUAGUUCGUCUACUCUUCAAGCCACUGCGCCUUGGUCAGCGACUGUUUCUAGGGUCCUGCGCUCCCUCUAUCUGCGUUUCUUCUUCUUGGACUUGCGAAUGCCAGAGCCGCUAGACACCACGACGGCUGCAGGCUUGUCCGACUCGGCCUUGCGCGCAGCACGAGCGGCUGCAUCCAG